GGCUCGUUCACGAACUACACAUCACUGGUAGGCAGUGGAUCAAGAUGGCGGCAUACAGCGCGGAGCGGUGGCUGGACGGCUUACCAAACCACGCCAUUUUCAGGAAAAUACGAGAAAAGUUGGAUUCGGGUCCGAGUGUUAAUGAAAGAGGGGUCGCUAAGAACCUCACCUUUUGUCUGGGUGGGGAUCUGUUCGUGUGGGACGACGCGGACCGCGUGUUUUACACCACCAACCUGCGGCAGUUGAACUCGGAUGAGAGUCGCGUCAGCGGGAACCACCAGACGCUGCUGUGCAUCAACCCGCCUCUGUUCGAGGUGUGCCAGGUGCUGCUCAGCCCGACCCAGCACCACGUCGCGCUGGUCGGGCAGAGAGGCGUCUCGGUGCUGGAGCUCCCCCAGCGGUGGGGCAAGAGGUCCGAGUUCGAGGGCGGGAGGAGCGACAUCAACUGCAAGACCAUCCCGGUGGCGGAGCGCUUCUUCACCAGCUCGCCCUCGGUGAGUCUCCGGCAGGCGGCUUGGUACCCCAGCGAGACCGACGAGCCUCACCUGGUGCUGCUCACGUCCGACAACACCAUCCGGUUCUACGGGCUGAAGUCGCCGCAGACGCUGGCUAAAGUGCUCCCGGUGUCCCAGUCGGAGGAUGACGGCAGCCUCCACCCUCCUGCGCGCUCUUACGCAGCAUCUCUCGGUGAGAUCGCAGUGGCGUUUGACUUCGGGCCGGUGUCAGCCCCUCCUCGGCAGCUGGCUGCACGGUUCCCCAAAGACCAGCUGGGCUACCCUCUGUACAUCCUCUAUGAGAAUGGGGAGACCUACCUGAGCUACACCACCCAAGCAAACGGUGUGAGCCUAAGCAAACCUGUUGGGCCUCUUCCGAUGUAUCCGGCAGCUGAAGAUAACUACGGCUAUGAUGCUUGCGCCAUCCUCUGCCUGCCCUGUGUGCCCAGCAUCCUGGUCAUCGCCACGGAAACAGGCACACUGUAUCACUGCGUGGUGUUGGAGUCUGAGGAAGAGGACGAGACGGGCGCCGUGGAGAAGUGGAUCCAAGGCACGGACGCCGUGCCGGCUCUGUAUGUGUUUGAGUGUGUGGAGCUGGAGCUCACCCUCAAGGUGGCCACGGGAGAGGACGAGGAGCCUCAGGAGUUUGAUUUCACCUGCCCGAUCAGACUCCACAGGGACCCCCUGUGCCAGCAGAGGUAUCACUGCACCCAUGAAGCUGGAGUUCACAGCGUGGGGCUGAUCUGGGUCAACAAGCUGCAGAAGUUCCUCCAGACAGGCGAGGAGGACAAGGACAGUCUGCAGGAGCUGGCGUCUGAGAAGCGAUGUAUUGUAGAGCACAUUCUUUGCACCAGGCCGCUCCUGACCAGCCAGUCCGCUCCAGUCCGUGGCUUUUUGAUUGUGUCCGACCUCUCUCUCGGCGCCACCAUGAUCUGCAUCACGAGCACCUACGAAUGCAUCCUGCUGCCCCUGCUGAGCUCCAUCCGCCCUCCCUCCCCUCCCCUGCUUUGCUCCCAUCCAGGCCCAGGCUCCGGUAGCUCCCCUCUACGCGGGCUGGCCGACGACUCCUUCGAGCAGCACAUCCGCAACAUCCUGGCGCGUAGCUCCACCAAUCCCCUCGUACUCAAAGCCGGGGACAAGGACACGUCGCCGCCGCCGCCAGAGUGUCUGCAGCUCCUCAGCAGAGCCACGCAGGUCUUCAGCGAGGAGUACAUCCUCAAGCAGGACAUGGCCCGCGAGGAGAUGCAGCGACGGGUCAAACUCCUGACGGGUCAGAAGAGCAAGCAGCAGGAAGAGUUAGCUCUGUGCAGGGAGGAGAGGAUGAGUCUGAGGGAGGCAGCGGAGAGGCUGGCUGAUAAGUACGAAGACGCAAAGUAUCGCCAGGAGACCAUCAUGAACAGAGUGAAAAGAGUGCUGGGCAGCCUGCAGAGCCAGCUACCCAUUCUGUCCAACAGUGAAAAGGACAUGAAGAAGGAGCUGCAGACCAUCAGCGACCAGCUGAAGUACCUGAACAACUGCAUCAGACAGGUGAACAUGAAGAUGGAGUACCAGAAGACGCAAGUGGACAAGGACGUGCCCGCAGCCAGGACAACCGUCUCGCUCAACGCCCACCAGAAGAAAGUCGUCCAGGACGUCCUCCGAGAGCAGGGACAGCAGAUCGGGGACAUGAUGAAACAGAUCAAAGACAUCAAAAAUCACUUCAGCUUCUGAACGCUGAAGAAGUCAAACAACUGGGGACAAAAAAUUCAAACGAUGAUUUUGAUUAAAUCUGCCUUUAUGUGACGUUCGAUCAGAAGCUGGUCAGAACUGAAAGAUCUCUUCACUGUUCACCUUUGAUACUACACGUCUGUCUCUUAGGUUCGCCUUCCUGUCCCGCAUAACGUUUGCAUAUUUUUUACAUGAGUGUUUCCAAAGCUGAAAGUUUGGGAAUGGGGAAAUAUUUUGAGCGUUUAGCAUUUAUAUAUUUUCAACAUGCCGAUUGUUUGGAUUGAUAAUAAAAAUGUAAAGUUCUCUGUAA